AUGACCGUGAACGCGCCAAACACGGUUAAAGAUGUAGAGCCAUACAUAGCUAAUAGAGCCAUUGGGUUUGUUUUAAAUCUGGAGAAGAAUUGUCCUAUAAGAGAAAAGCUAAGUUCAUUCUUUGAGAAACUAAAGGAUCUAUUGAAGUUGGAGUCCUCUGUUACACCAAUGAUCGAAGACAAGGAGCCCAAAACGUUCAUGUCCCAUAUGAAAUCAAAAGCCGAUAAUCUCCUCCAAACGAUGUUGAUGCUUGGGAAAGGAUUGUUGAGUUCAAGUGUUAGGAAGGAGAUGUACGAAGUGAUGAAAUCGCUCACUGAGUUACAUGUUGCGAUCGGUAAAGUUAUAAAGGAGAAACAUAUAAAAGGGGACGGAUCAAUGUCACUUUCUUUGGAACAAAAGAAUGCCGUCGAUAAUGCAGUAUCUCAAUGGGAAGUAACAAUUACCCGAAUCGUGAAGGUUGUUGUCGAAGUUAAGUCGGAAAGUUCAAGUGCGGCUUCAAGGGAAGAGAUCAGUUCUACUAAACAAAACAAUAAUUCAAAUGAAACCAUGUUGGACUCAACUAAAGGAAAUUUCAAAGCUAUGCAAGAAAAUGCUGAUGGCGUUGAUGGAAGCAAUGAAGAUUCAAGAAAUGAUGUAGCAAUGGAGGCUAAAGAAGGCAAUAGAGUGGAAGAUGUUAAAGGAGAUGCGAAUAAUCAAAAGAAGCAAUUAGAAGUUCAAGGAGGGAAUAUUGAUUCGAAUAUUGAUACGAGUUUGGAUACUAAAGAGGAUGUUAACUCAGAGGUAAAUGCUAAAACUGAUGGAAGUUCCAUGACUAAGAACUCGGAAGAAACUCAAAAAAAUGAUGGAAUUUCAACAAAUGAUAAUAACUUGGAGAACAAUGGAAGUCAGGCUACAAUAAAUGAUUGGGAUCACACGAAGGCAAAUGGGGAAGAGACUCAAGAAAACAAUGGAAAACUAGUGAUGGAUAAGAACUUGGAGAACAAAAAAGAUAAUAAAGAAGUAAAGGAUGAUGAAAUAGUCCAGACAAAAACAAAUCAUAUAAUUCCUAUGAAAGAAAAUAGAGAGCAUACUCAAGGAAGAACUGUGAAUGGAGAAACCAUGCAUACCAAAAGUGGAAAUGUUGAUUCUAAUAAGGAGAAGGAAGUAGAGGUUCAAGGAGAAAAUAUCGGAGACUCAACAAAUGUAAAUUUGGAAACUAAAGAAGAUCUUAAAGGAGAUGCUAAUAAGGAGAAGCAAUUAGAGGUUCAAGGAGGAAGCAUUGGAGAUUCAAAAAUUAACAAGUUAGAUACUAAAGAAGAAGUUAAGUCAGAGGCUGAUGCUAGAAAUGAUGGAAGUUCCAUGACUGAAAAAUCAGAAACUCAAGGAAAUGAUGAAGUUUCUACAAAGAAUACUAACUUGGAGAACAAAGGAAGUGAGGAUACAACAAAUGAUGGAUAUCACACAAAAGAAAAUGGGGAAGAGAUUCAUGAAAAUAAUGAAGAGCUGGUGAAUGAUGCGAAAUUGGAGAACAACAAAGAUGAUAAAGAAGUGAAAGAUGAUGGAGUAGCGAAUACUAACAUAGGCCAUGGAAAUUCUACAGAAGAAAAGCGAGAAGAUACUAAAGGAGGCACUGAAGUUUCUAUGAAUGGAGAAAUUAUGCAUACCAAAAGCGGAGAUGCUGAUUCUAAUAAGGAGAAAGAAGUCGAGGUUCAAGGAGAAAGAAUUGGAGACUCCACUAAAGAUGUAAAUUUGGAGAAUAAAGAAGAUCUUAAAGGAGAUAAUAGUAGUGAGAAGCAAUUAGAGGGUCAAGGAGGAAGUACUGGAGAUUCACACAUUGACAAGAAUUUGGAUACUAAAGAGGAUGUUAAUUUGGAGGUUAAUGAUAGAAAUAAUGGAAGUUCCAUGACUGAAAAUCCAAAAGGUACUCAAGGAAAUGAUGAAGUUUUUACAAAAGAUACUAAGUUGGGGAAAAAAGAGAGUGAUGCUACAGCAAAUGAUGACGAUCACACAAAUGAAAAUGGAGAAGAUACUCAAGAAAAUAAUGGAGAACUACAGAAAGAUGCAAACUUAGAGAACAACAAAGAUAAUAAAGAAGUGAAGGAUGAUGGAUUGGUUGAGAACAAGACAAAUCAUGAAACUUCUACGAAAGAAAAGAGAGAACAUACUGAAGGAGGCACUGAAGUCUCUACGAAUGGAGAAGUGAUGCCGACCAAAGGUGGACGUGUAGAUUCUAAUAAGGAGAAUGAAGUAAAAUUUCAAGAAGAAAGUAAUGGGAUCUCGAACAAUAAUACAAAUUUGAACAAUAAAGAAGAUGUUAAGACAGAAGUGGAGACUAAUAAAAAGGAUGAAAGUUCCAUGAAGGACAAGCAAGGAAAUUCUGCAGAAGAAAAGCAAGAAGAGGCUCAAGGAAGUCAUGAAGUUUCGAUGAACGGGCAAAUGGAUUACUUAGGUGAAAAUGUGAAUUCUAAUAAUAAGAAGGAUAUGGAGUUUGAGAAAAGACAGGUUGAAGACUCCAAUAAAGAUUCUAAUUCUAAGGUAGAAGCAAUAAAAAAUGAUGGUAAUUCCACGAAAAAGAAAGGAGAAGAGGCUCAAGUGAACAAUGGAGUUUCAACAGAAGAAAAUAACUUAGAGAACAUCAAAGAUGAACAAGAGUUAAAUAACAAUACACCAGUAGAGACAAAGACCAACAACAAAAAUGCCUUAGAAGAAAAGAAAAAGAAGGCUCAUGGAAACAAUGAAGAGUCCACAUAUGAUACAAACAAGAAAGAUUCUGAAGAUGAUAAGCUAGAAGAGGCUAAGAAAAAUAAGAAAGACCAUAUGGAUAAUAACUCAGUCGAGGCUAAUGAAAAUGAGAAAAAGUUUAUGGGAGAAAACCAAAAUGAGGUUAGUGUUGGCAACGAAGGAGAUAAGAAAGAGAUUAAGGAUGAAAAAUCGCUGGAAGCUCAAGAAAAUAAAGAAAGUUUCAAGAAGGAAAACCGAAAAGAAACUCAAAGAAGCAAUAGAGGAGACCUUAAAAACCUAAAUAACAAAGAAGAUAAGAAAAAAGAAGAAGAGAAGAAGAGGCAGAAAGAACACGAAAAACACAAAUACGAAAAGAAAGAAGAAGGGAAAAUGAUAGAAGGAGGAGAAAACAAAUCCAAGAAGAAGGAAGAAGAGGAAAAGAAGCAAAAGGAGCACGAAGAAAACAAAGCCAAAAAGAAAGAGGAAGAGAAAAUGAAAGAGCAUGAAAGAAACAAAUCAAAGAAAAAUGAAGAAGAGAAAAAGAAACAAACAGAGUAUGAAGAACACAAUGCCAAAAAGAAAGAAGAAGAGAAAAGGAAAGAGCAUGAAAAAAAUAAAUCUAAGAAAAAUGAAGAAGAAAAAAAGAUGCAGAAAGAGCAUGAAGAAAAUAAAUCCAAAAAGAGAGAAGAAGAGAAAAUGAAAAAGCAUGGAAGAAACAAAUCGGAAAAAAAUGAAGAAGAGAAAAAGAAGCAGAAAGAGCAUGAAGAACAAAAAUCCAAAAAUAAGGAAGAAGAAAAAAGUAAAGAACACAAGGAAAACAAAUCAAAAAGGAAAAAAAAAGAGAAAAAUAAGCAGAAAGAGCAUGAAGAACAAAAAUCCAAAAAGAAAGAAGAAGAGAAAAGGAAAGAGUAUGAAAGAAACAAAACAAAGAAAACUGAAGAAGAGAAAAAGAAAAAACACGAAGAACAUGUAUCCAAAAAGAAAGAAGAAGAAAAAAGAACAGAGCACAAAAGAAACAACACAAAGAAAAAUGAAGAAGAGAAAAAGAAACAGAAAGAGCACAAAGAACACAAAUCUAAAAAGAAAGAAGAAGAAAAAAUGAAAGAGCAAGAAAGAAACAGAUCGAAGAAAAAUGAAGAAGAGAACAAGAAGCAGAAAGAGCACAAACAACACAAAGCCAAAAAGAAAGAAGAGGAGAAAAAGAAAAAGCAGAGAGAAAACAAAUCUAAGAAAAUGGGAGAAGAAAAAAAGAUGCAAAAAGAACACGAAGAACACAAAUCCAAGAAGAAAGAAGAAGAGAAAAGAAAAGAGCAUGAAAGAAACAAAUCAAAGGAACAUGAAGAAGAGAAAAGAAAACAGAAACAGCAUGAAGAACAAAAAUCCAAAAACAAAGAAAAAGAGAAAAUAAAAGAGCACGAAGAUGACAAAUCCAAAAGAAAAGAAGAAGAGAGAAAGAAACAGAAAGAGCACGAGGAACACAAAUCCAAAAAGAAAGAAGAAGAGAAAAGGAAAGAGCACGAAAGCAACAAAUCGAAGAAAAAUGAAGAAGAGAAAAAAAAGCAGAAAGAGCACGAAGAACACAAAUCCAAAAAAAAAGGAGAAGAGAAAAUGAAAGAGCACGAAAACAACAAAUCGAAGAAAAAUGAAGAAGAGAAAAAGAAGCAGAAAGUGUACGAAGAACAAGAAUACAAAAAGAAAGAAGAAGAAGAAAAAGAAACAGGGAAAGGGCAUGAAGAACAAAAAUCCAAGAAAAAUGAAGAAGAGAAAAAGAAGCAGAAAGAACAUGAAGAACAAAAAUCCAGAAAAAAAGAAGAAAAGAAAAGGAAAGAGUAUGAAAAAGAUAAGUCGGAGAAUAAUGAAGAAGAAAAACAGAAGAUGAAAGAGCAGGAAGAACACAAAUCAAAAAAGAAAGAAGAAGAGAAAAAGAAAGAGCACGAAAAAAACAAAGCCAAGAAAAAUGAAGAACACAACAAGAGUGAGCAUGCAAAAAACAAAUCUAAGAAUAGUGAAGAAGAGAAGAAAAAUAAGAAAACGCACGAAGAAAACAAAUCCAAUGAAAACGAAGAAAAGAAAACGAAAAGGGAAGAAUACGAAGAAAACAAUUCCAAGAAAAAUGAAGAAAAGAAGAAGAAAGAACAUGAAGAAAAGAAAUCAAAUGAAAAUAGGGAAGAGAAAAAGAAACAACACAAAGAAAACAAAUUUAAAAAUGACGAAGAAGAGAAAAUGAUGAAAAGAGAGUACGAAGAUAACCAAUUUAAGAAAAAUAAAGAACAUGAAAAAGAGAAGACUAAAGAAAAUGAAAAAGAGAAGUCUAACGAAGACGUAGGAAUAUCUGAUGAUGGUAAAUUGAAAGGUCAUGAAAAAGAAAUGCAAGCAAAUGAACAAGAAAAGAAUGAGGAAAGUAAGCAAGAAAUGCAAGCGGAGGUCCCAGCAAAGAGUGAGGAAUCUGAAAAAGAAAUUCAAGCAGAGGCUCCACAAAAGAGUGAGGAAUCUGAAAAAGAAAUUCAAGCAGAGGCUCCACAAAAGAGUGAGGAAUCUGAAAAAGAAAUUCAAGCAGAGGCUCCACAAAAGAGUGAGGAAUCUGAAAAAGAAAUUCAAGCAGAGGCUCCACAAAAGAGUGAGGAAUCUGAAAAAGAAAUUCAAGCAGAGGCUCCACAAAAGAGGGAGGAAUCUGAAAAAGAAAUUCAAGCAGAGGCUCCACAAAAGAGUGAGGAAUCUGAAAAAGAAAUUCAAGCAGAGGCUCCACUAAAGAGUGAGGAAUCUGAAAAAGUACAAGCAGAGGCUCAAGGAAAAAGUGAGGAAUCUGAAAAGGAAAUGCAAGAAAAGGCUCACGGAGAGGGCGAUGAAGCUGAGGAAAACUUGCAAACAGAAACUCAAGCAAGUACUAGAGAACCUGAGAAAGAAACAAAAGUAAAAAGCCAAGAAAAGAGUGAAGAGUCAGAAAAAGAAAUACAAGCAAAGGCUCACACAGAAAAUGAGGAAACUGAGAAAGAAAUGCAAGCAAAAGCUCACACAAGAAGUGAAGAAUCUGAGAAAGAAAAGCAAGCCGAGGCUCAAGAAAAAGAUGAAGAGUUUGCAAAGGAUACGAAAGGAGAAGGUAAAGAAAAAGAUGGCGAAGAGGAAGAUGGUAAGUUAGUGGAAACCAACGUUGGUAAAGAAGAUUCCAUGGAGGAAGGUAAAAAUGGUACGACAACUGAAAUGCACGGAGGUAAAAAUUCCACUGAAGAAGUUUCUAAAGAUGAUAAUGUAGUUGAAAUGCAUGGAGGUAAGAACUCCACAGAAGAAGUUUCUAAAGAUAGGACAGUACAAGUCAAUGAAGGCCAAGAAAAAUCCAUGGAGAAAGGUAAAGGAAGUCAAGAAGUAACCAUGGAGGAAGGUCCUAAAGAUGUUAAUACAGUUGAACCAAAUGGAAGUAAAGAUAACUCAAUGGAGGAUGAUUCCACAGAUGGUAAUACAGUUGAAACAAGUGGAGCAAAAGAUGAUUCCACGAAAGAUAACGCGAUAGAGGUUCAAAGAAACAAUAAUAAUUCCACUAACGAUACAUCAAUGGAUGUUAAAGGAGACAACAUAGACAUCAAUGAAGACUCUACCAAGAAUAAGACAAUGGAAGCUCAAGUUGGUAGUGCUGGAGCCUCAACAAUUGGUACAGCAGAAGAGACUACAGAGAGUAAUGAUUCUAUGAACAACCAAAACAUGGAGCAUGUUAAAGGAGAAAACAUAGACAUCAAUGAAGACUCUACAAAGAAUAAGACAAUGGAAGCUCAAGGUGGUAGUACUGGAGGCUCAAUGAAUGGCACAACAGAAGAGACUACAGAAGGUAAUGGUUCUAUGAACAACCAAAACGUGCAGCAUGGAGGAAUCAAUGCAAACUCCAUGAAUAACCAAACAUCAGUAAGUUCCACAACGGAACAAAAAUCGACAACCAAUAUCGAGAGCAGUACUUCAAAAGAAGUCACAAUUUUCAUAUCAAACCUUGAGCACAAAUCGCCAGUAACACAAGAGUUCCAGAGCUUCUUCCAGAAGCUUAAAGAUUACAUGAAAUAUGCAUGGCCCGUGUCUUCAACGAUUGAGGCAACAGACUCAAAAUCCUACCUGAGUGAGAUGACAAGUAUGGCAACAAAAGUCUCGGAUGCUAUGGCUGUCUUGCAAGCCAAGAAACUUGGGUCAGGACUGAUGAAAACAACAUUACAAGGAUAUCAACAAGAGGUGAUGAAGACUCUUACCGUCUUGCAAUCGAUUAUAAGCAAAGCAGUGUCGGGACAAGAAAGCCAGAACACUGGUUCCUUGACGCUUACGUUAUCACAACAACAAGCAAUUAAGGAAAUAACUUCAAAAUGGGAACGAGUGAUGUCUAAUUUCGUAAGAGUUGCAACGGAGAGUGAAAAACAAUUUUCAAUGGAGACUUCCACUGGAAACGGCUUUCAUAUGAAAAAGAGUUUUAGCUCUAGCUCUAGUACUAGCUCGAGUUCAAGUCCGGGUUUGGAUCUCAAUCUCAACGGUGAAACUCCGGAGACGGUGGAUGUGAAUGGCUAG